ACCGCAAGUGACAAGUACACAAUAUCAGAAACGCAGUCGUGAAUCGCGCACUGGGGCACAGUGCUACGUCUUCCGUCCGGAAAACCCUCCGUCUAUACACACGGUAAUAUUUGCCUUCUAUCUGUGAAAUGAAGAAGAAAAGGCCAUCAACAACGCCCAAAGCGCAAGCAGAAGAAAAGAAACCUAAGAUAGUAGCUAAGCAUGAGACAUCUGAGGAGGAAGAAUCAGAAGCCGAAGAAGAAACACAAGAAGUUGAAGUAUCCGAUUCCGAAGAAGUAAACGAGGAUGACGAAGAAGUCGAAGAAGAAGAAGAAGUAGAAGAAGAAGAGGAGGAAGAAGAGGAAGAAGAAGAGGACGAAGACGAAGAAGAAGACGAUGUGGAAGAAGAAGAUGACGAGAGUUCUAAAAAGGAAAAUCUUAGAAAGCUUCUAGAACCCUUACCAAAAGAAAAGAUCAUCGAGCUUCUCAAAGAAGCAGCGAUGAAUGAUCGUUCAAUAGUGGCUAGCCUCGCUCAAACCGCUGAGGUGGAUCCCGCUCACCGUAAGAUAUUCGUCUUCGGCCUUGGAUGGGACGCCACAUCAGACCAAGUACUUUCUGUCUUCAAACAAUACGGUGAAAUCGAAGAUUGCAAGGUUGUUACGGAUAAAGUGACCGGGAAAGCCAAAGGCUACGGCUUCGUUCUCUUCAAGACUCGUAAAAGCGCACAGAAAUCCCUCAAACAGACACAGAAGAAAAUCGGAAGCCGUAUGGCCUCUUGUCAGUUAGCUUCAGCGGGACCACCAAGUGGGCCCAGUAACAACCAGACAACGGGUACACCAGAUCCAGCUGGACGGAAGAUCUUCGUUGCAAAUGUCGCGUCUCAUGUGAAUCCUGACGCACUCCGUUCCUUUUUCACCAAGUUUGGGGAAAUCGAGGACGGGCCGUUGGGGUUAGACACUGCAACUGGAAAGUUCAAAGGGUUUGCGAUGUUUGUAUACAAAACGGUUGAAGGGUGCAAGAAGGCGUUGGAAUUACCGAAUAAGGCUUUUGACGGUUGUCAGUUGCAGUGCAGACAAGCCGUAGACAAUCAACAACGUCUAAACAAAACUACCAAAAAUACCCCUGCUACUUCUAGUACUGAGACGGGGAAUGUGGGCUACGGUUAUGGCGGGCUGUACGCACCUCAGCUUAUGAACCCAGCUGGAAUUAUGGUUGCGCCAAAUCCGAUGUUGGUCUCUGCUUUGAAUCAGAACGGUAUAUCUCCAACACCGCAGACGUUUGGGUUCAGUGGUGGUUACGGAAUCAACACUGUGGGCCCAAACAUGAUGGCAAGUUAUGGUUCUCAGCUUGGGUUAUCGGGUCUGGGGGGAUACCAGAAUUCUCAAGUGGGACGUUCUUCGGCUGACACAACGUCAACACUGGCGGCUAGACAACAAUCUGGAGCUGGAUCUUUGGCCCCCAAUUUUCCUUCAUACCUUGGCCGCUAGUUACUUGUGAACCUCUUUCUGGUUAUUAUUCUCUCUUUAAUCUUGGGUUGAGAUUGACAUUUCGCUUUUACGAACGCCUCACGGGGAAAAGACAUUUUUUUUUACUUUGUUGUUUAGUUUGUUUACAGUGUCCCUAUUUUCAUAAAAGUUGCUGAUUAUCUUUCAAAUUAGUUAAAACAAACCAUGAAAAUCAA